AUGCUUCCAACUGCUCUGCCUAAGCAGAUUGUGAACUGCAUUGCUUCGCUUUCCACAACCAUUAAUGAGACGUCCUACUGGGGCAACAAGUUUCACCAAUUGGCAAUUGGUGCCAAGCAGACAGAGUCGAGGGGGCCCAAUAUUUCCAUGGUUGAGUGGAUUUCAUUUCUCAACAAUGCCCACAACGUCCUCACAGACAAUGACUGGAACUACACUUCUGUGCAUGUGCUCAAAGGCGUCAAGUCUGCAGCUUUCUGUCGACUCUGUUGGCUCGACAGGUUGUGCCCAGCAACAGGCCGCGGUCUGUGGAUAGCGGACGAGCUCUCGCAGUUGGCAUCGCCUGUUUUAAGGCCUGGCACAACACCUUGGCGUUCAGAGGAGGACGACGCCUUGAAAUUGAUUGUUGAUGACGAAAUUCAGCACGAGUGUAAGGCUCUCGGUUUGGUGGAUUGGGGUGUUGUCAGCGGCCGUCUGCAGACGCGUUCAACCAAGUCGUGCAAGCAGCGGUAUGCAGAGCUGAGAUGCUCGCAGCAGUCGUCAGCCCUGAAGUGCACCCCCGAGGAGGAUCUGUCCCUUCUGAUGGCCAUUCAACGCCUCGGUACGGGCGGUGGACUCGACGGCUGCGGCACGUGGUCGCCCUGGACGUAUGAAGAAACGCGGCGCCUUUUUCAAUUCGGCACGCGAGUCUCCGGAACCACGCACAAGGGCACCAGUCCAUUUAUCACCAUCGCCAUCCUCCCCUACUUCCCCGGCCACGCAAUGUCUGCUCUGUUGACUCGCUUCAGGGAUUGUAAGACGCUAGCGAGAGUGCCAAAACGCUCUCGCAGGUUCCCAGACCACAGCGCUGUCACCGGUGCCUUCUUUAACUCUGCCGAAUUUGAGCAGGUUCGGUGUCAUUUGUUUGGUCCUCGAACUGUCCUCGGCAAGUGGGUGAGGGAGCUUCAACAGAUGGGCUUUUCGAAUCCCGAGGAAUACGCGUUUACCAGGCUGCUGGCUUGGAAACCACGCCAGCCUUAUCAGCCGCUGCAUCACGAAUUUACUCAGCUUCUGCUUGACCUGGCCGAGGGUCUUCUUUUGCCACCCAAAUCCGAGGUGUUGCCUGCGACGACCGCCAACGUUUGUUGCGUUUAA